AUGGGUAUCAAAUCGUUCAUCGAAGUAGAUCGUUCAGAAGUGGGUAGACUAGCUGGGCUAGCAAGGGAUACGCUCAAACUCGGAGUUGGUCUUCCGUAAGUGUUUUCGAGAAAUCAUUAUGUGGAAAAGGAUUGUGCUUACUAAUCGUUGGUAGAAGCUAAUCAUAUCAUUUUGGAAUCCGACACCAUCAAAUUCCCACGUGUGAGAGGCGACUGGUGCGGAAAAGAAUACCAUCUUCCAAAACCUCCAAGUUUCAACCUUGGAGUACUUAGGAUACAAAUGCACCGUCUCUUGCAGUAACACCGUCGACCUCAAUCACAAGAAAUCGAGUUCACUCGCCAAACAAAUGUCGAUAUGGUAUGUUACUACCAAAAACCAGAGGAAGUAG